AUGUCGACACAUCGAAGUCAAUGUUGUAUUACAUGCGGCAAAACAGCUGGUGUAUUUCUAUGUCCCGGCUGUUCGGAAACGUUCUGUUUAGUGCACACGAGUGAACAUAGACACCUUCUUGAACAACAACUCGAUGAAAUCAUUCUUAAAGAGAAGAACCUCACAGAAAACACCACUGAUCAACAUCAACGAAGUCUGAUGGAACAAGUUGAUCAAUGGGAACAACAAUCCAUUGAUAAAAUUCAUCAAACAGCAAACAAUAUUCGCAAUCAAUUAGUACAACAUGCUCAUGGAUAUAGUCACACUAUCGGAGAAGAUUUAAUCCUGCUAAAAAAGAAAUUGAAACACGCACGAGAUAGUGGAAACUAUUUUGAGAAAGAUAUACGAGAAUGGACAGAGAGACUUUCUCAGUUGAAACAAUCGUUUGUCAAACAACAGAACAUGCGAAUCGAACACGUUGAGACUUUAACAUCAUUUAUAAGGAAAAUUGCAUUGAUCGGAAAGCCUUCAGAUAAUAAUCAACCAUUGGAACAGGCAACUAUCUAUAAUGAAUACGCAUGGGGCAAUCAUGAAGUUCGGUUUAUACUCCAGGAAUAUCAACCGACUAGUCGAGUUUUUAUUGGAAUUAUAUCGAAAAAAGCCACGAAUCAUGCUGAUCCAUAUAGAAAUCCGACGUUCUAUGGUUGGGGUAAGUACAACAUCGUCUAUCUUCAUGGGACUGUCAAUACAAACUACAAGAAUUAUCGAAAUGAUAUGGAAAAAGGAGAUGUAAUGCAGCUAAUUUUUGAUUGUGAUCGACGUAAGAUUCAGUUGUACAACGAACGAACAAAGAUUACUCAUGAAAUCAAUGUUGAUCUUGCAAAAUGUCCCUUUCCUUGGAUCCCACAUAUUCGAUUAAACAACUUAUCGUAA